AUGAGACCUUUAAGAGACGAUGCCAAACGCCGGGCAGACCGGCAGUCAAGUGCAAGUAUGAGACCUAGUUCGGACAGCCGCCCAUUCUCAGAUCGAGUGCCAGACAAGUUUCGGGAUGGAGACGAUGCUCAAAUCGACUUCACAGCUCCGCCGCAAGGUAUGGGUUCACGGGACGGCAACGUGCAUUAUAUGCAGCAGUCCCUCUUCUCCAUGAUUGCUGCUGUUGGAUCUAAGUCGGACUUUCAUGCUCGGUUUGAGGAAUCAAGCGACAGUGAGAGAGAAACAGAGAUUCACUCGCGGACGAAACAAAUAGGCGAGAAAUUAUCUUCUUCCACGUCGGCGUCCAAGCGGGAUCCACACUUUUUAAAUGAAAGAUUGGAAACAAAGCCACUCGGCGGGGAGGAAAGAGGACGUCGUCACCAAAGGGCGAGAUCAGACAACAAGCUUUUACAAAGGUUACCACGGCUGGAUUCGGAAAGCGGGGCAAACGAGUCAUCAAGCCAAAGCAACUCGGUUCUCCUGACACCUUCUCUCAGGCGAACUCGAAGUGCGACGCCGCGAGCAGCACCAAUUCUAAGCCGCAUGGUUGAAGCGCAGACCAACUUCAAUUCCGCAUCCGCAACACCACGUUCACCAUCACAUCCAACUAUGGCAGACCAGCCUCAGUCGUCGGCGUCUGCUCUCUCUACUCGCUUGAUGGAGAUGUUUCAAUUUGCCAAACCUGAAAAGGUCUUGGUUGAGUAUGCUUGCUCGCUGCUUCAGAGCAUGCUGCUUCAGGGCUACCUCUAUGUGACUGAGGGUCAUAUUUGUUUCUAUGCCUACCUUCCAAAGAAGUCCAAUGUGGCGAUCAAGUCGGGGUAUUUGUCCAAGCGUGGGCGUAAGAAUCCCAAAUACGAUCGCUAUUGGUUUGCUCUGAAGGGAGAUGUUCUUUCAUACUACGCUGAUCCUUCGAACCUAUAUUUCCCUAGUGGACAUGUAGAUCUUCGAUAUGGAAUCUCCGCGUCUCUUGCGGAGCGGAAAGAAAGCGAUGUGAAGGACUUCCAAGUCACCACCGACCAGCGAACCUACUACUUUAGAGCCGAAAGCGCCACCAGCGCAAAGGAGUGGGUGAAGGCUCUCCAAAAAGUCAUAUUUCGAACGCAUAACGAAGGCGACAGCGUCAAAGUAUCCUUUCCCAUCUCGAAUAUCAUUGACUUGGAGGAGAGCCCAAUGGCCGAUUUUGCCGAGACAUUCAAGAUUCGAGUUCUUGACAGCGGAGAAACAUAUGCGAUUGAUGAGUAUUUCUUUUCCUUCUUCGAAUCGGGCCAGGACGCAUUCAACUACAUCAAAGGAUUGGUAAAUGCAACAUCGACCGGCGAUGCAGUGAAAGAAGGUCCCCAAGAUCAGCACAAACUUCAAGAUCCGCCCGGUCAUAAGAGACAGUCAAUCAGCAGCGUUCGAGUUUCAGACCAAAAUUCGCCACGAAAGCGCAGCUCUAGUGUCGGAAACGAAAACCAAGACUCGGCAGACUCACUUGUGGAGCAAGGAACGGAAUCCUCGCACAUUGUACAGUCGAUAACAGAGACCACCGAAUCGGCGAGUCAAAUCUUGAACAGGAGCGAUGUCUUCCACUCACCUACUAUGCGUACACUUCAAAGACGCCCGUCAGAUGUGGGAGGGACCAUUCGACGAUCUUCUGAGGAUAUCACACCCUCUGCCUCUACACGACUAGACCUGGGGACAGGUGUAGGCUCAAAGCAUCGCGGAACGCCAGAGAACUUGCACCAUGAACUCGACCAAACCGAUCCAAUGCACUCAUCAGCACACGGCUCCCUGAGUCAUCUCAACGACCUUGUCAAAGCAGGCACAUACCCUCUCCAACGCGCUGCCGGCUUAGCGGGGUACUUGAAAACCCGCUCGAGGCAGAUGAGUAGUCUGUUGGCAACCGAGUCAAUGGGCUAUAUAGAAAAGGUAUCUGGCAUGUGGGCUGGGGGCCAAAAGCAUUAUGGAGAGCGGGAAGGGCCAUUGCUCGAAGACCAAAAUGUUGACCCCGAAGAUGACGAGGGUGGAUUCAACUUUGGAGAUCGAUUCCGCGCACACUUUGCUCUUCCGUCAACUGAAAGGCUGCAGGCGACAUAUUACGCUUACUUGCACCGCGUGCUCCCGCUAUAUGGCAAGAUCUAUAUAAGCCAAAAGAAGCUUUGCUUCCGCAGCUUGAUCCCUGGCACUCGGACCAAGAUGAUCUUACCCUUGAAAGACAUUGAAAAUGUUGAAAAGGAAAAAGGAUUCCGUUUCGGCUACCAUGGACUUGUUGUCAUUAUUCGCGGCCAUGAAGAACUUUUCUUUGAGUUCAAUGCCUCGGAUGCACGAGACGACUGCGCCGUCACAUUACAUCAGAAUUUGGAGUCUGUGAAAUACUUGAUGGAAUCUGGCUUGCUAGCAGAGGGAGAACGAGACGAGGUAGAAGCCGCCAAAGCUGAACAUCGCAUGCUCGAGGAAGCGAGAUUGGACGGUCCCGAGGAGCAUGAGGCGCGUCCAACUCUCACUGAAGACUCAUCUGAGAUUCACCCUUUCUUCGAUGACCCGCGUGCUUCUAUAAUCAACUUCAAACCCACCGAAUCCCUGCGGAUCACUUGUCUGACAAUCGGCUCCCGGGGAGAUGUACAGCCGUAUAUUGCGCUUUGCAAGGGACUUAUCGCAGAGGGCCACAAACCGAAGAUUGCCACCCAUGUUGAAUUUGAGCCUUGGAUCAGAUCACAUGGCAUUGACUUUGCUCCGGUCGACGGCGAUCCCGCGGAACUGAUGCGUAUUUGCGUCGAAAACGGGAUGUUCACAUAUUCCUUUCUCAGGGAAGCUUCACUGAAGUUUAGAGGAUGGAUUGAUGAUCUUUUGUCGUCGGCUUGGAGGGGUUGCCAAGGCAGCGACCUUUUGAUUGAGUCGCCAAGCGCCAUGGCUGGAAUCCAUAUCGCAGAGGCUUUGAGAAUUCCUUACUUCCGCGGCUUCACUAUGCCAUGGACGAGAACACGAGCCUAUCCACAUGCCUUCGCGGUACCGGAAAACCGAAUGGGCGGAGCGUACAAUUACAUCACGUACGUCAUGUUCGACAAUAUCUUCUGGAAAGCCAUCGCAGGCCAAGUCAACCGCUGGCGAAACAACGAGCUGGGAUUGAAGGCCACUACCUUGGACAAGAUGCAGCAAAACAAAGUUCCCUUCUUGUAUAAUUACUCUCCUUCGGUAGUACCCCCGCCACUCGACUACCCGGAUUGGAUUCGCAUCACUGGCUACUGGUUCCUGAACGAGGGCUCAGAUUGGUCCCCUCCAGCCGAGCUAUCAGACUUUAUUGCACGGGCUCGAGCAGAUGGCAAGAAGAUCGUCUAUAUCGGGUUCGGCUCUAUCGUUGUCUCAGACCCGGCUGCCCUAACGCGGACCGUCGUUGAGUCAGUCUUGAAAGCAGAUGUCCGUUGCAUCCUUUCAAAGGGCUGGUCUGAUAGACUUGGCGACCCAUCUAGCACAAAAGCUGAAAUUCCUCUGCCGCCGGAGAUUCAUCAAAUUCAGUCUGCGCCGCACGAUUGGUUGUUCUCCCAGAUCGACGCUGCAACCCACCAUGGCGGAGCAGGAACCACCGGUGCGAGUCUCCGAGCCGGUGUCCCCACCAUAAUCAAGCCAUUCUUUGGAGACCAGUUCUUCUUCGGUGGUCGUGUGGAGGAUCUAGGUGUUGGCUUGUGUAUGAAGAAACUAAAUGUCAGUGUGUUCUCAAGGGCACUCUGGGAGGCGACGCACAGCGAGCGUAUGAUUGUCAGGGCGCGCAAUUUGGGCAUCCAGAUUCGUAAUCAAGACGGUGUGGCUACUGCAAUCCAGGCCUUGUAUCGUGAUCUUGAAUAUGCUAAGACCUUGGUUCGACAAAGGUCUCUAGCCUCAUCUACCCCUUUCUCUCCCACUCCCUCAGCUACGACCUCCCCAGACGGAGAUGAUGAUGACGACAUUGAAGAAUGGACCUUUGUGGGCGACGAAACUGAUAUCGAUAUCUCGAAGCGGAUGCGUGAUCGAGCCGCUUCGGAUGUCGAUAACAUAGCCUCCAAAUUUUCUAAUGAUCUGUUCUAA